ACUGUCUGUCUUCCUGGACGCGCAGUCGAGCUGCACAUGUGGCUUUCCGGCAGAUCAGCGUGAACUCACAGCGCUACUCUCCUCAGCAGUGUCGCAACAGGCCAGCAGGGCUUCCAGGUCCGGUGUAAUAACACGUGUGUGUGUGUGUGUGUGUGUGUGUGUGUGUGUGUGUGUGAGAGAGAGGGAGAGGGAGAGAUCUCGCCUGUAGCCAUUACUGCUGUGAGAGAGGUUCUCACGUGGCUCCAUCCUCGACCUGGAAGAAGCGUCAUCUCCUCUCUUCUCCUCUCCUCUUAUCUCAUCUCAUCUGAUCGGAAGGAGAUCUCGAUCACGUUGUAAUCCAGUGAUCUUCUGCAGCAGUGAACUUCAACAUGUCGAUGAAAAUGGCAUCUCUGAUCCUCGAGGACGGGAGCACGUUUAAAGGCCAUCUUUUCGGUGCCAGUAUCUCAGUAUCUGGUGAAGUUGUUUUCCAGACAGGAAUGGUGGGAUAUCCAGAGGCCCUCACUGACCCCUCUUAUAAAGCUCAGAUACUGACUUUAACCUACCCCCUGAUUGGGAACUAUGGUGUACCCAAUGAUGUCAAUGGUGAAUUUGGACUUAGCAAGUGGUUUGAAUCGGCCAGGAUCCAUGCUGCUGCUCUUAUAGUCGGGGAAGUUUCUCAGAAUCCCAGCCACUGGAGCUCAAACAAGUCUCUAGAUACGUGGCUCAAAGAGCAUGGCAUCCCCGGGCUGCAGGGAGUUGACACGCGCGCUUUGACCAAAAAGAUCCGGGAAAAGGGCACCAUGCUCGGGAAGCUGGUGGUGGAAGGGACCUCAGCAGACAGCAUACCUUUUGACAAUCCUGAUACUCGGAACUUGGUGAAAGAUGUGUCUUUGAGAGAACCCAGGGUUUUCAAUAUGGAAGGCAGUGUAAGGAUCGUUGCAGUGGACUGUGGUAUUAAGUACAAUCAGAUCCGCUGCUUGUGUGAGAGAGGUGCUCAGGUCACUGUAGUGCCUUGGGAUCAUCCUCUGAAUGCCGAUGACUUCGAUGGACUGUUUAUUAGUAACGGUCCUGGUGAUCCCAACUAUUGCAAGGAGACUAUAGAAAACCUGAAGAAGAUCGUGUGUGUGGAAAAACCCAAACCUGUGUUUGGAAUUUGCUUGGGUCAUCAGUUGCUGUCGUUGGUUAUUGGUGCGAAGACGUACAAAAUGAAAUACGGGAAUCGUGGCCAUAACCAGCCUUGCAUCCAUAAGGGUACAGAGCGCUGCUUCAUCACAUCUCAGAACCAUGGAUUUGCAGUGGAUCCUCAGACCCUUCCGGAUGACUGGGAUGUUCUCUUCACCAACGCCAAUGAUCACACAAAUGAGGGCAUUGUGCACAGCUAUAAACCUUUUUUCAGCGUACAGUUCCAUCCUGAGCACAUGGCUGGACCCGCCGACUUGGUGAGCCUUUUCGAUGUGUUUUUGGAUGUCGUCCGAGAUGCCAAAGAGGCCAAAGCUGGCAAGUCAGUGAAGGAGAGGCUGACGGAGCAUCUUACCUUCCCUGGAUCUCCAAAGCCAGAGGACUUUGUUCGGCCACGCAAAGUGCUCAUCCUGGGUUCUGGAGGUCUCUCUAUUGGACAAGCUGGAGAGUUUGAUUAUUCUGGCUCUCAGGCAAUUAAAGCGCUCAAAGAAGAGAACAUCCAGACUAUUCUCAUCAACCCUAACAUUGCCACAGUGCAGACCUCCAAAGGCCUCGCUGACAAAGUAUACUUCCUUCCCAUCACGCCAGAAUAUGUCACACAGGUGAUCAAGAAUGAGCGUCCUGAUGGCGUGCUGCUGGCGUUCGGGGGUCAGACGGCUCUGAACUGUGGAGUGGAACUGACUAAGCAGGGCAUACUGGAGAAGUAUAACGUCAGAGUUUUGGGAACUCCAGUGGCCUCUAUUGAGAUGACUGAGGACAGGAAGAUCUUUGUGGAGAAAAUGGAGGAGAUCAACGAGCAUGUUGCGCCAAGCGAGGCAGCCAUGUCUGUGGACCAGGCUGUAGCUGCUGCUGAGAGGCUUGGCUAUCCGGUGCUGAUCCGCUCGGCCUUUGCGCUGGGUGGACUGGGCUCCGGUUUUGCUAACAACAAAGAAGAGCUGAUCACGCUGGUCAUGCAAGCUUUCGCCCACACAUCCCAAGUCCUGGUGGACAAGUCCCUCAAGGGCUGGAAGGAAAUUGAGUAUGAAAUCGUACGAGAUGCUUACGACAACUGCAUCACGGUUUGUAACAUGGAGAACAUAGACCCUCUUGGAAUUCACACAGGCGAGUCUAUAGUCGUGGCUCCUAGUCAGACGCUGAAUGAUUAUGAGUACAACAUGCUGAGGAGCACCUCCAUCAAGGUCAUCCGGCACCUGGGGAUUGUUGGCGAGUGCAACAUUCAAUACGCUGUCAACCCAGAGUCUGAGCAGUACUACAUCAUUGAGGUGAAUGCGCGUCUCUCCCGGAGCUCAGCUCUGGCUAGUAAGGCCACAGGAUACCCGCUGGCCUACGUCGCAGCUAAGCUUGGCCUAGGAAUCCCCCUCCCUGUCCUCAAAAACUCUGUGACCAACUCCACUACUGCCAACUUUGAGCCCAGUCUUGACUACUGUGUGGUGAAGGUUCCUCGCUGGGACUUGAGCAAGUUCCUUAGGGUUAGCACCAAAAUUGGCAGCUCCAUGAAGAGUGUCGGGGAAGUGAUGGCCAUUGGGCGCAGCUUUGAGGAGGCUUUCCAAAAAGCUCUCAGGAUGGUAGAUGAGAACUGUGUUGGCUUUGACCAUACCAUCAAACCAGUUUCUGAACAGGAGCUUCAGAUUCCUACAGACAAGCGGAUAUUUGUGCUGGCUGCAGCCCUGUACGCCGACUACAGCAUAGAUCGUCUGUAUGAGCUGACCAAAAUUGACCGCUGGUUCCUGUACAAGAUGAAGAACAUCAUAGAUCACGAGAAGCUCCUGGAAACAUAUAAUCAGGAUGAAAGUGCAAUGCCACCUGAGGUGAUGAGAAGGGCAAAGCAGCUGGGCUUCUCAGAUAAGCAGAUUGCUCUGUCUGUGCAGAGCACCGAGCUGGCCGUAAGGAAGCUGAGGCAUGACUGGAAGAUUUUGCCUAUGGUGAAGCAGAUUGACACGGUGGCUGCUGAGUGGCCCGCACACACCAACUACCUCUACCUGACUUACCAUGGCACGGAGAGUGACGUAGUCUUCGAGGAGCCUCAUGUCAUGGUGAUCGGCUCUGGGGUCUACCGCAUUGGCAGCAGCGUGGAAUUCGACUGGUGUGCCGUGGGUUGCAUUAAGGAGCUUAGGAAGAUGGGCUACAAGACAAUAAUGGUGAACUACAAUCCCGAAACGGUUAGCACAGACUAUGAUAUGUGCAACAGACUCUAUUUUGAUGAGAUCUCUUUUGAGGUGGUGAUGGAUAUAUACGAGGUGGAGAACCCAGAGGGAGUGAUUCUUUCCAUGGGAGGCCAGCUCCCCAACAACAUUGCCAUGUCCUUGCACAGGCAGCAGUGCCGCAUCCUGGGCACCUCGCCCGAGUUUAUUGACUCAGCCGAGAACCGUUUUAAAUUUUCUCGGAUGCUGGACACCAUUGGAAUCAGUCAACCACGCUGGAAAGAGCUGUCUGAUACAGAGUCAGCCAUGCAGUUUUGCGAGGCGGUGGGCUACCCGUGCCUAGUGAGGCCGUCCUACGUGCUCAGCGGAGCUGCCAUGAAUGUGGCCUACUCUCACAGUGACCUGGAGAAGUACCUGAGCAGCGCUGUUGCUGUGUCUAAAGAGCACCCUGUUGUUAUCUCCAAAUUUAUCCAGGAGGCCAAGGAGAUUGACGUGGAUGCUGUAGCGUGUGACGGCGUGGUCAUUGCCAUCGCUGUCUCCGAGCAUGUCGAGAACGCCGGAGUGCAUUCUGGGGAUGCUACGCUGGUUACACCACCACAGGACAUCAACCAGAAGACCAUGGAGCGCAUUAAACUGAUUGUGCAUGCCAUCGGUCAGGAGCUACAAGUCACAGGACCAUUUAACUUGCAACUCAUCGCCAAGGAUGACCAGCUGAAAGUGAUUGAGUGCAAUGUACGAGUCUCGCGCUCCUUCCCUUUCGUCUCCAAAACACUGGGCGUAGAUCUUGUGGCUUUGGCAACGCAGGUCAUCAUGGGACAGGAGGUGGAAGCUGUGGGACUCAUGACGGGGAUUGGCAUUGUGGGAGUAAAGGUUCCACAGUUCUCUUUCUCUCGGCUGGCCGGGGCGGACGUAGUGCUGGGAGUGGAAAUGACGAGCACCGGGGAGGUGGCCUGCUUUGGUGAGAACCGCUAUGAGGCGUACCUGAAAGCCAUGCUCAGCACGGGCUUCAAAAUCCCUAAGAAAAACAUUCUCCUCUCCAUUGGCAGCUACAAGAAUAAAAGCGAGCUGCUGCCUACAAUUCGGGCUUUGGAGAGUCUUGGGUACAAUCUGUAUGCCAGCUUGGGCACCGCUGACUUCUACACCGAACAUGGCGUCAAAGUAAUGGCUGUAGACUGGCCUUUUGAAGAGGAAAGUGACUACCCCAACAAGGACAAGCAGAGAAACAUCAUGGACUACUUGGAGGAGAACCACUUUGACAUGGUGAUUAACCUGUCCAUGAGGAAUGCAGGUGGUCGGCGUUUGUCCUCCUUUGUCACUAAAGGAUACCGUACCCGUCGCAUGGCCGUGGACUACUCUGUACCUCUAAUCAUCGAUAUCAAGUGCACCAAGCUCUUUGUCCAGGCGCUGAGACAGAUUGGUCAAGCUCCUCCCAUCAAGACUCACAUCGACAGCAUGACCUCCCAGAAACUGAUUCGUUUACCUGGCCUGAUCGAUGUCCAUGUCCACCUGCGAGAGCCUGGUGCCACCUACAAGGAGGAUUUCUCCUCGGGCACAGCCGCCGCGCUGGCGGGAGGCAUCACCAUGGUGUGUGCCAUGCCAAACACCAACCCUGCUGUAAUCGACCCCAGCUCUCUAGCCCUGGUCCAGAAGCUGGCGAAGGCAGGAUGCCGCUGUGACUACGCUCUGUACGUGGGAGCGGUUUCCGACAACGCCACUAUUCUGCCAUCCAUUGCAAACGCCACGGCUGGUCUGAAGAUGUACCUGAACGAUACUUUCUCAACGUUAAAAAUGGACAAUGUUUCCUUGUGGAUGGAGCAUUUCGAAAAGUGGCCAAAGCAUUUACCCAUAGUGGCCCAUGCGGAGAAGCAGACCGUGGCUGCCAUUUUGAUGGUCGCUCAGCUCUACCAGAGACCUGUUCACAUUUGCCAUAUUGCCAAAAAAGAGGAGAUCCUGAUCAUCCGAGCUGCAAAGCAGAAGGGCAUCCAGGUGACGUGUGAGGUGGCUCCUCAUCACCUCUUCCUGUGUGAAGACAACGUGUCUGUUCUAGGGGACGGCAGGGCUCAGGUGCGGCCCAUGCUGGGCACCCGAGAGGACAUGGAGGCUCUGUGGGAAAAUCUGGAUAUCAUUGACUGUUUUGCCACUGAUCAUGCUCCUCACUCAGUGGAUGAGAAGGACUCCGAAAAGCCUCCACCAGGCUACCCAGGCCUGGAGACCAUGCUGCCUCUGCUGCUCACCGCCGUCAGCGAAGGCCGUCUCACCAUUGACGACAUCAUCAAACGGCUCUACGAGAACCCAGCUCGAAUCUUCUCUCUUCCUCCUCAAGAGAACACCUACGUGGAGGUGGAUUUGGAGCAAGAGUGGAUCAUCCCGAAGCACAUGCAGUUCACGAAGUCCAAGUGGACUCCUUUCGAGGGCAUGAGGGUGAAGGGUAAAGUGAUGCGAGUCGUGCUGAGAGGGGAGGUGGCCUACAUUGACGGACAGGUACUGGUACCUCCUGGUUACGGUGAGGAUGUGAAGACGUGGUCAUCCGUUCCAAAUCAGUCAUCAGUCCCUGAAAUACCCAAAGAUGUCCAAAAGACUCCCGAGCAUCCUCGACAAGCGACUCCCAGUGAAUCUCUGCGUGCUCGAGCUGCGAGUCCACGCAGAGCAGCCGGGGACCGGUUCAUGCUCCCUCCUCGAGUCCAUCACACUUCUGAUCCUGGUCUGCCACCAGAAUUGGCUCCUGUUGCAGAGUCGUGCACACACCCUCCUCCACUAGCCCGAAUUCUGUCACCUCAGACGAGCCAGGCUCCGGCCGUGUCUCACAUCCAGACCUCGCCUCUGCUUCACCCGUUAGUGGGUCAACACAUCCUUUCUGCGCGCCAGUUCACCAAGGAGCAGAUGUCCCACUUGUUCAAUGUGGCUCACACACUUCGUUUAAUGGUUCAGAAAGAGAGGAGUCUGGACAUCUUGAAGGGUAAGGUCAUGGCCUCUAUGUUCUAUGAGGUGAGCACUCGGACCAGCAGCUCUUUUGCAGCUGCGAUGCAGCGGCUCGGCGGCUCUGUUGUGCACUUCAGUGAAUCCACUUCGUCCACGCAGAAGGGCGAGUCCCUGGCCGACUCGGUGCAGACCAUGAGCUGCUACGCUGAUGUGAUUGUGCUGCGCCAUCCGGUGCCUGGAGCUGUAGAGAAAGCUGCAAAGCAUUGUCGAAGGCCAGUGAUCAAUGCUGGCGAUGGCGUUGGGGAGCAUCCCACUCAGGCCCUGCUAGAUAUCUUUACCAUCCGAGAAGAGCUUGGCACCGUCAAUGGCAUGACUAUCACUAUGGUGGGCGAUCUGAAGCACGGCAGGACUGUGCAUUCUUUAGCCAGACUGCUCACUCAGUAUCGCAUCACGCUGCGCUACGUGUCCCCAAAAAACCUCAGCAUGCCCCACGAGAUCGUUGACUUUGUUGCGUCCAAAGGCAUAAAGCAGGAGGAGUUCAGCAGUAUUGAAGAGGCUCUUCCUGAUACUGAUGUGCUUUACAUUACACGGAUUCAGAAAGAGCGUUUCGCCUCCGAGGAGGAGUACAAAGCAUGCUUCGGGAAGUUUAUCUUGACCCCUCACAUAAUGACAGGAGCCAAGAGAAAAAUGGUCGUCAUGCAUCCGCUUCCAAGAGUUAACGAGAUUAGUGUGGAAGUGGACACAGAUCCUCGUGCCGCUUACUUCCGUCAGGCUGAGAACGGGAUGUAUAUCCGGAUGGCGCUUCUCGCCACUGUGCUCGGUCGCUGAAAAAUCUUCAGCGCCAAACGAAUAAACGAAUCAACUCUACAGUGAAUCUGUGAGAUUAGAGAGUCCUGCUGGAUGAAGCCUUAUCGCCACUUUACUUUUUCAUUGUUGUAGUAGUUAGUUUCACACGCACAACGUCAGGAGCAUAGUACUUCUUAUGACCACUUUAGUUUAUACCAGUUUGAAAAAAAAUAAAAAUAAGUAGUGAGUUACCUGUUAGAAGCCACUGGAGGUUAGCAACAUGCAUGUAAGGGAUGAGUACCAAGAUAACACACUAUUUACUCUACGCAAGGGCUUUGUAAUAAAGGGAGAUCGUGGGAACAGCUGGUUUAUAUUUUUUGAUAAUAAAAGUAAUUUCCAGUAUUGCUCAGCAUUCUUGGUUUUCGUGUUUUUAAUCUUAAAAUACAUUGCAGUGAAUAAUAAUAUCAUUCAUUAUUAAAGCAAGUAGAGUAGCACGAGUCAUCAUUCAAAUAACAGUUAACACGCAGGAACCUUAAAAUACAGGCAACGAGGUUUAGCGUGGAAAUUGUAAAAUAUGAGUCAUGUAGACGUGUUUAUCAGCUCAUUUAAUUUAUUAACAGAAAAGCAUAGAUGCAACAUCUGGGACAGGUAGGCUAUUUAAAAACGCAUGUGUGUCAUAGCAUGUUUUUUUUUUUUUUUUUUGAGGUUAUUACAUUCAUGACACUAAAAUAUGCCAAAGCUG